AUGAAUCAUCAAAUACAUACUUUCUAUAAGAAGAAGAAAGGACCAGGAUUAUAUAAGAACAUUUAUGACUUCUCGCCAGUAUGCACCAGGCUAUCACUUACAAUUGCUGAAAUUAAGGAUCAAUUCAGAAAUUGCCAUAAUUACUCAUUCAAUGAACAUGAUUCGCAUUAUUCAUGGUUAGUAGAUGUCAUAUUUCAUACCUUGGUGAACAAUGAGCAAGGUAUUUCAAUCAAACAGAUGUCUAAGGAGUGCAUUUAUCCGUAUGCUUACUAG